AUGCCGGAGUCCGCCGCAGUGGGCCGGGCUUGCUUACCCGUGGGCUGCCCUGCCGAGGUGGCACCACCUCUGGAAGGUGACGCGGGCGCUCCCGGGGAAGACGAGGCCGCGGCUGGAGCGGUGGAGCCGCCGCACGCGUCUCUAUCGUGCGUCGUCGGGUCUGGCUUUGGCAAUAACGACGACGAGUUGGGCGGCUUGCCGAACCUUCCGCCGGCGACCUUGACGAUAGUGCAAAUUUUCCAUGAAUCUCUCAAGAUGCCCCCAGAUGGGAUUUACUAUGAAGCAGACAGUACUGUGCAAGAGGGACCAAUGGCCCAGCUUGAUAUAGGGAGGUUUCUGAUCGGCAACCUCAAGUUACAGCGACUACGCAUCAAAGACGGUGGAUUUCGUGAAGACAUUCUCCGCUGCAAAACAUGCAUUGUUGUAGGAAACGGUUACACCCUGCGUAGGCAGCGUUUGGGGAAGUUUAUCGACUCACACGAUAUCAUCAUAAGAAUAAACGAUGCCCCUCUGAAAGGUUACGGGAAAGACGUCGGCAAGAAAACGACCUUCCGCUUUUUCUUCCCCGAGUCAGCGUUGUCUGACCCUUUAGAAAACAGCGACAAUGAUACUGUGUUCAUCCUUGUCCCGUUUAAGAUGCUGGACCUCCUCUGGGUGAAGGAGGUACUUCAGAACAAGAAGGAGGAGAUUCUGACCGGGUUUUGGCGCCAACCCCCUAUGGAAUGGAAGGGCAAAGCCACCCACUUGCGCAUAAUGAACCCCUAUGUUACCUUCGAAGCUACAUUCAGAUUCCUCCAACUGGACAUGUGGCCUCGGAGAUAUUCCACCACUGGCCUAAUUGCUGUGAUUUUCGCCCUCCACCUGUGCCAGGAAGUUAACAUUGUGGGGUUUGGCUACCCGCCUGAGAAGAACAGAACCUCCCCGCUGCACUACUAUGGCAUGGAUCACUUGACAAAGAACAUGAUUCGGACACACAACCUUACAGCAGAGCAGAAGUGGCUUCUGAAGAUGCAGGAGCGGGAGAUGAUCUUUGACGUGUUGCGCCCUCCUACUUCCUGGGUCUGGGGACCCCGGCCACAGUGGUGA